UGCCAGAGACGUACAUACAUAUGUACCUACUUAUAUAUUCCGUCAGAAUACAUCUCGUACAUCUAAGCGCGCUGAAUUCCACCUAAAGAGCGAGAGAGCGUAUAAGCUGCUUGCUCAGAACCGCAUGUGCAUCGGGUAAAAUCGGUAACCCCAACUUUGCUUAGUCAGUAUGACGGCAAUAAUACUCCUGGUCUGCCACUCGGUUCGCGAACUCGUCGAUCUGUCAGAUGCUCUGUGGCAAAACGCCUUCAAUAUCGAGCGUAGUUUAAACUAUUAUCGCAACAAGCGGCGCUUGCAACAGUUUCGAAUUCAUUGUCGGGAAUUCUGGUUGCGUCAGGCCUGGAAUAACUGUGAUCCAAUGCAUCGGAAGGCCGACAUAGAUUUUGCAGCCAUUGAGGCGGGUGCAGUCUGUGUCCAAAAUAUGGAUGCCUUUGACGAUACAACAAAAGUGCACAAGAGAUUUUUGCAAGCGGAGAGCACAAGACUCUUGCCUUUGGAUUGCAUCAGCGACAUCGAGGUGGUGGAUGGAACAGAAUUAAAAGCCUCAUUUUACGAAUAUGCAGAUGCUUUGCCAAAAUAUAGCAACGAUCAAAUUGGGAAACUGAGCGAAGGGAUUAGUUUCACCGUAACCGGAAAUCUUUCAGUAAACUGCGAGAGGUUCUCCAUCAAUCUUGUUUAUAAGAAUGAUUCGCGAGAUGUGGCGCUCCACAUCAAUCCACGGUUGCCACAAAACUAUAUUGUUCGCAACACCAAAGUACAGGACAUUUGGGGAAGCGAGGAAGUGUCCUCGGCAUUGCCGUUUCUUCUGAGUCGGGGCGAGGAGUUUUCUAUCCAAGUGCUAGUUACUGAGGCAUGCUACAUGAUAUCGGUAAACGGCCAACACUUUGCAGAGUACACUCAUCGAAUCCCCUAUGAAGAUGUCCGCAUUCUGGAAGUGAAAGGAGAUGUUAGUAACGUGGAAAUGAAGCGAUCUUUGGUCUUAAAGUAUCCUCAACGAUUACCGCAGUCGGAGGCUAAAAACAUUGAGCUUCACAUAGAUGAUGAGAUUAAUGAAAUUGACGCCAGCGUUGAGGAGACUAUUAAAAUACCCCAUGAGUGGUGCCUUAUUAGCGCCCCGAACACACAGUCGGACAGUUCGCCAAAGAGUAACCACAGUUCUGGUGAUCUUGGUCUUUCUUUGCCUUAUUAUGGAGCACUGCCACCAAAUUCGUUGGUCGAAGGUCGAUGCCUAAAAAUUGAAGGGCGAGUGCGAUUGCUUCCACACUCUUUUUACAUUAACCUGCAACAGGGGCAGGACAUUUGGCCACAUCCAAUAAUAGCAUUCCACCUAAACCCACGUUUUUCAAAAGCGAGCAGCGGCGCUAUUGGAAAGGCGGUGGUGUGCAGAAAUGCCUGGCUUAAUGGAGCUUGGGCACAAGAGGAGCGUUCGGAGUUUGAUACAAACUUUCGACCUGGUCGGUCUUUUUGUUUAGCCAUAGUUUGUACCAAGACAUCUUUUGAGGUGUAUGUCAAUCGGCAGUUUAUGACUGAUUUUAAAUAUAAGGUUAGCCCAGCGGUGGUUGACACCGUCUACAUACAAGGAGAUGUUAAACUUUGGAAUGUAACGCUGGAAAAAAAUCACCUGAUUAAGGGCAAAAAUGUCCGAGUCUAUCAGAAUCCAAUGUACUCUAGUGAGUACUAGCUGUUUGUGAAGAAUUCAAUUUAUCUUUGGUCAGGUUUUUUUUUAGUAAUUGAGCGACAAUAAAAAAGUGAUACAUUCGUGUUUUUAUUUAUAGAAAAUUUAUGUUAACAAAUAAAAUUAUGCGAUUUUCAUUAUUCUUA